AUGCUCAAACAACUCAUCCUCUUCUUCGUCUUUCUUAUAUUUUGUUCAACAAUGAUUCGAUGUGAUGAGAAAUCAACGUCGAUGGAUCAUCGUGAAAAACGUUUUCUUUCAACAUGUAAUCUUCCGUGUUUGACCAAUGGAAAUCGAUGUUUAAAUGGUGGAAUAUGUACAAAUCAUAAAUGUGAUUGUUCAAUUUUACCUUCAUGUUCGGGAUUACCUUGUGCAACUGUUGGAAACAAAUGUUUCUUUGGUGGUGUUUGUACAUCGUGUAAAGAAGGGAAACGAUGUCGAAAAUAA